CUGCAGGGGUCGACCGCGGCAUCGCGGGGACCAACUUGGCAGGGAAGGCGGACAAAGUUAUUUCCCCUUCCCGAGCGGCAAGAUGGUGCCCAGCUCUCCGCGCGCGCUCCUCCUCCUGCUGCUGCUCCUCGCCGGCCCCCCGCCGCGGGCGGCCCAGAACUGUCUCAACAAACAGCAGCUCCUCACGGCCAUCCGCCAGCUGCAGCAGCUGCUGAAGGGCCAGGAGACCCGCUUCGCCGAGGGCAUCCGCAACAUGAAGAGCCGGCUGGCCGCGCUGCAGAACUCUGUGAGCAGGGUGGCCCCAGACCACCCCCCAGUUUCCUGCCCAGCUCUGAACGCUCCUCCAGAUGGCAGAAAGUUUGGAAGCAAGUACUUAGUGGAUCACGAAGUGCAUUUUGCCUGCAACCCCGGGUUCCGGCUGGUUGGGCCCAGCAGCGUGGUGUGUCUUCCCAAUGGUACCUGGACAGGGGAGCAGCCCCACUGCAGAGAUAUCAGUGAAUGCUCCAGCCAGCCUUGUCAAAAUGGUGGGACAUGUGUAGAAGGAGUCAACCAGUACAGAUGCAUUUGUCCUCCAGGAAGGACUGGGAGCCGCUGUCAGCAUCAGGCCCAGACUGCCGCUCCCGAGGGCAGCGUGGCCGGCGACCCCGCCUUCAGCCGCGCGCCGCGCUGUGCGCAGGUGGAGCGGGCGCAGCACUGCAGCUGCGAGGCCGGAUUCCACCUGAGCGGCGCCGCCGCGGGCGACAGCGUCUGCCAGGAUGUGAAUGAGUGCGAGCUCUACGGGCAGGACGGGCACCCCCGGCUCUGCAUGCAUGCCUGCGUGAACACCCCAGGCUCCUAUCGCUGCGCCUGCCCCAGCGGAUACCGGACCCUGGCCGACGGAAAGAGCUGUGAGGAUGUAGAUGAGUGUGCCAGCCCACAGCACAUCUGCCCCCGGGGCACAAUGUGCAUCAACACCGGUGGAGGCUUCCAGUGUGUAAGCCCUGAAUGCCCUGAGGGCAGUGGCAAUGUGAGCUAUGUGAAGACGUCUCCAUUCCAGUGUGAGCGAAACCCCUGCCCCAUGGACAGCAGACCCUGCCGCCAUAUGCCCAAGACCAUCUCCUUCCAUUACCUCUCUCUGCCCUCCAACCUGAAGACGCCCAUCACACUCUUCCGCAUGGCCACGGCCUCAGCCCCUGGCCGACCUGGGCCCAACAGUCUGCGGUUUGGGAUUGUGGGUGGGAACAGCCGUGGCCACUUUGUGAUGCAGCGCUCAGACCGGCAGACAGGGGAGCUGAUCCUUGUCCAGACCCUGGAGGGGCCUCAGACACUGGAGGUGGACGUUGACAUGUCAGAAUACCUGGAGCGCUCCUUCCAGGCCAACCAUGUGUCCAAGGUCACCAUCUUCGUGUCCCCCUUUGACUUCUAAGGGUGCUAUGGGGGCACUGGGGUGUGGAGAUCUGGGCUCAUUUAUUUCUCUUCCCCGAAGACUCAUUGGGGCACUCACAGACUUCUACCCCUUCCUGCCUUGCCUCUACCCACUUGCCUAUUCACCCAGGCUUCUAGGGCAGGGCUGCAAGCUGUCCCAUGGAAUGGCACAGAAGGACAUCGACAAAACCCAAACUGCUGCCAUCACAUUUUUUUUCUGCUUUAAGGCCCUUUCCUUAGAUUAUGCACUAACUCUCUCAAACCUUUUUUUUAGGGGAUGGGCAGCUUUUCAAAAUGCUGUGUGAAUGGCAUUGUGAGUUUUCACUAGCUGGUGAGAGAAAAGGUCAUGCUGUGUAUCAGAUGAUUGUCAACUCUUCUGCACUGUUACAGUCAAGCCUUGCUAUGAAUGAAGUGGUUCUAGUUAUGCUGAGGGUUAAGUCAUGGCCCCGUGCACCUGUGGCAUAGGAGGCAGAGUGUCCUCCCAUGACCCAACAUGUUUUUGUCUGCAUUCCCCUCUGUGACAUGCCUGCUGGCCUCCCCAUCAGAGAGCCAGGAGGGCCUAUAAACCGCACACAGAUCCUUCUAGACCAGGAAAACAUUAAAGCAUAGAUUCUACCUGAAUUACUUCCUUUUUGAGAAAUCAUAUCCCCAAAACAUAACCUGGCUUUAUAACUGAAGAAAUAAAGUCUAUUGCUCCUCCCUGCC